ACCUGGUGUAGCAGACGAUUCAACACACGUCACGGCGGUGCCAAGAGUCUGCUCCGAAGUGCAUCCUGUCCUGCGCACGCGCACACCUCACUUAUGAGAUUGCGUGGUAUAAAUUGAUGCGGCUAGCCCAUGGUGUAGCAGUGUGAGCCGGGUGAUACACGGGAUAUGGUGCUUCCUAAACGGAGGGGUACGCGAACAACGGACACGAAUACCAUGGCAACGCGUGUACUUCUCACCACACUCGCUUUAGCACUGAUGGCAAGGGCCGCCUCGGGAAUGAUGGACAUAACGGCCUUUGAGUACAUUCGGAAGUUCUCGGAUCACCUCGAUCUCGGCGAGUGCCCACGGCGGGAAGUUCCGAUUAGCAACGGCAAGGGAAGUCACGGGAUGGAGCGUCUCCGAUGCUCUCGAAGGAAAUUCGGCAAUGUGACAUCGCUGACCCGACCCGUCCACAGCAAGAGGAACGCCCCAAUCUCCACCCCCAACGACAUCAUCGCCUACCUAGGUCUCUGUGGGGGAGAAGCGGCGUCGUUCCUAGGGAUCCUGAACAACGGCGACUGUGUGGCAAUUGAGAUCGCAAGCAAGUUGACGUUCAACGAGAAGACAAUGAUCCGGGCUUAUGUUGAGUAUUACAGAAAGAGCCUGGAUAUUUUAGAAAAUAACAUAUGGCCAAGUAACGACAUUGAGUCCAAGAAUGAUGGGAAAUAUUACCUGAAGAACAUCAGCUACGGCACCUUGGAGAUCAUCAUAGUUCAGUUCCGGUUUCGGACGCGGAAGGAGACAAUGAAAGCGAAGGAAAUUAGGUCGCCGAAUUCACUGAUGUCCGUUUACAUGGAGACAGUGCGGAGAGAAGUUGGGACGCUAGCUAACCUACUCAUAAUCAGAUUGUCAACGGCAGGGAAGGGUCACUACCACAGCAAGACAUUCAAGAGUGGACAGUAUGCGCAUGCCUUGCGGUACGUCCAGAUCAUGGAGGGGGAAAUUAAGCAUUUACGUGACGACAUCGACCAUGACAAGGUUGCGCCCCACCUACGAUACAGCCUCUACCCAUUUGAAACUCAGCAAAAAGCUCAGAGUCGUCUCGCUCAUCGGCAGAGUCUUGAGAUGUGGGAAAAGACUUCCGUUCUGGAGGUGACUCUCAGACAGUCCACGAAGAUAGGGAAGAAAGCAACCAAACGGUGCAGGAAAGUACACUCACAGCUCUGUAAGCGGGUUCGGGAGCUGCUCCGAACGCUGAAACGUACACAGAGAGUGGUCCAUAGGUCAAGGUCACGAUGGAUGGAGCUGAAGGAGCCGGAGAAGGAGAAGGCGGCGAAGUCUUCAACCGACGUCAACAGGUACAGCAACGCCAUGAAACGAUUGGCUAGGCUGGUGAGGAAAUGGUGGAAGACGGAGAAGUUUGAGAGGUUAAAGAGGAGGAAACAGCGAAAAAACCAAACAGGAGUCGAAGGCCGAAACAGGAUGCUUCCUCCCAAACUGUCUAAAAACUGAGAAUAUGGGUAAAGGGUCAUGGAUCAAGGUCAAGGCCACCGUGUCAUGGCGGAGCUGGCUUCGCUGUGGCACGUUUGGCAGCAGCUUCCGGUGAAACGUAGCAGUCAUUGCGGCCAUCGUCAAGAUGUCAGUUGCUGCUUUGCCAAAUGGAAAUGGGGAAACAUAAUUAAGAUACAUAACAUGUUAGUUUCCGUAAGGUAUAUAACAUCAGAAAUACCCUCCAAUCACCGCGAGACGAGCGACCAGUGACGGUGUGAGGAGCCGUGGGAGAAAGUGGUGUUUAGAGUUGACGGCAGGCCACGUCAGGGUGUGCUUUCAGUUGGGCAGGUGGAUGUGAUAUGUUGGUUUUCGCUGUCCAUCAAUAGUAAUAUCUUGUUACAGUUAUCCAAUUUGAUAGUUAUGGAUAUGAUCAUUUCUUAAAUGUAUUAGUCUCAGCUAUGAUGUAUUAUAAUAAGCGUGCUGUAUAAUACGUAACGUCAGUUAAGCCAGGUCAAGGUCACCGCAACAGCUUGUACAUAUUUAAAGUGUAUGUAAAUAGUGUAUAUAUUUAAUACUUCGUUUCAGGUCGCAAAUGUUAAUAACGCACAUCGCCAUUACUGGUUGACGGUCAGUGUACACAUCGGUUCUAUGGGUAGGAUACAAGUUUGAUAAAGUGGAAUUGUUUAUAAAUACGUCAAUAUAUAUACAUAUCGAUUACUAAUAGGGCCGCUUUCAGUAAAGACGAGCACAAUGUCUAUUCAAAGAUGAUAAGGGGCGGUUGGGUAACCUAGUGGUAAAAGCGUUCGCUCGUCACGCCGAAGACCCAGGUUCGAUUCCCGACAUGGGUACAAUGGUGUCCCCCGCCGUGAUAUUGCUGGAAUAUUGCUAGAAGCGGCGAGAAACCAUACUUACUCACUCACUCAAAUAUAAUAAUUUUACCUAAGUCGUAUCUUUACGUGUAAUUGAGCAGUCUAAAAUGAAUAAAAUGUCUUGAAUAUUUCUAUUGCAUGUAUUAUGCUGAUGUAAUACUUUCAUCAACAGAACCAUAAUUUUCGUCACGAGUGAAGUAUUUCUAAAUAUAUUUUGCAAUAUAUACCGUAAUAUUGAUGUAACAUAUUAUUUUAGUACCAAAUAAACUAUAUUUUGAUAUUAAUAUUAAAUGAAUAUAUAAUAAUUUGUCAAAUGGUUCAACUAUUUUAUUUUCAGUGUGUUUACCGUGCGUGUUUCAUAAAUACCACUGUAUAUAGCUUGUACGUGCGUCCUGUCCGUUAAGGGGACACACGCCGGCAAAUCAGUAAACACGUGUCUGAGUGAGACGUUCCUUAAUGGUCAUUUUAGCUGUGUCAGCAAUUUGUUGAACUCAUGUAAAUAAGUUUGUUGAUGAUAAUAUUGAUUAUAUUGAUGAUAAUAUAUACCUCGUUGUUACUUUUCUGGUUGUAAAUAUAUAGUUCAGGCUAGAAUCUUUCUGUUAUCUUCGUAUUGCAAAUAAAUUGCGUAAUUCCUUGA